ACAAUAAUAACAUGUAAAUAUUGCCUGAGCAUAGGUCACGUCACUACAUAUGACUCUGAAAUCCCUGGCUAAAUGACUGCAAUUUUCUUUACUUUUCACGGGCAGUUUUGAGAUCGACUCUAACAAUGAUGAUCCUAUUAGUGUUUUUAUGGAUGAGUGUGAGGGUUCAGUCUAAAAGCCUGAUGUUCCAGCCUCUAGACUGUGCAGACAUUUAUAACGACAGUUCUUGGACAAGUGGAGUACACAUGAUCUACCCUGCUGGACCGAACUCUGGUCGCUAUGUGUACUGUGACAUGUACACUGAUGGAGGAAAAUGGACCGUGUUCCAGAGAAGAAUGGAUGGCACUGUGAACUUCUACAGAGGAUGGGAUCAGUACAAGAACGGCUUUGGGCAUGCAGCUGGAGAAUACUGGCUGGGACUUGAGACAAUUCAUCUCUUCAUCCUGAAGAAGAACUAUGAGCUGCGAGUAGACAUGGAGGACUUCAAAGGAAAUAAGGUCUAUGCAAAAUACAAAUCAUUUGGCAUUUCUCCAAUGGCUAUUAAUGCAGAACUGGAUGGCUACAAACUGCACGUGUCUGAUUUUGAAGAUGGUGGUGCAGGAGAUUCGUUGUCAUACCACAGUGGAUCAAAGUUCUCAACCUUUGACAAAGAUCAGGAUUCAUUUGAAGGAAAUUGUGCUGCUUCCUAUGCAGGAGCAUACUGGUACAACUCCUGCUACAACUCCAACCCAAAUGGACUUUAUACGUGGGGAGAAGAAUUGCAAAUCGGUCUCAACUGGAGAACUUGGAAAGGCUUUAAGUCAGUGAAAAGCAUCUCAAUGAUGAUGAGACCAGUGAAUCUGGCCUGACCACCAAAACACGUCAUUGAGAAGAAGAAAAAGAAAAAAAUUAACUACCAUUUUUACAGACCAAGUAUGAGUACAAGCAUGUGUAAAAGUAUAUGUUUUUUUUGGUAAUUGUCAAUACCUAUACUGAUAUGAGUAACCUACAUAGUAUUACUUAGUAAUAGUAUUACUGCACUUGCACUCUGCACAAUGACAAUAAAGCUGAAUCUAAUCUAAUCUAA